AUGUUCGGCGGCAACGGUCACAGCCGUGGUAACUUUGGCGGUGUUGAGAUGGGUGACCCAGGGAAAGUAUCCGUUUAUUGGGCCGGUAGCAAAGAAAAAGACAUUGUAGAUGUAAAGGAGUUGACGGAGGACAAUCUUAUGCAGAGGAACGGGUUCAGUGAGGAGAGUUUCGCAUAUCCGUUGGAUAAGAAAGUAACAGCGCCGGGGUGGGGACCGGAAGACCUUCACGACAAGGGAAACUGGCAAACGUUGCAUCUGCCGGAAUGCAUGGAGAAGGGACGGCACAUGAUGAUAUGGGUGUGGAGUUUUGGUGGUGCAAAUAAGUAUAGCACAUGUUUUGAUGUUAUGGUCGCGUGA